AUGGAAGUAUUAAGCAAUCUUUGAAUAUAUCAAGGAAUGUGAACAAAAAGCAGAAUGAGUUCGGAAUUGCGUCAAAGUUCUAGAAGAACUUCUAAACGCCCUAAGGUAUUUGGAAGCGAAGAACCUGUCCCAACUGCAACCCUCAUUCCGUUUCCCUCCGGACGAAAGUCCUUUUUCGGUGAGUUGACCAAAUUUCACAACGAAAGAGGAACACCAUUGCCACGGUUUCCAACAAUUUCGGGACAAUUUGUUGACUUGUUUGAACUCUACUGUGCAGUUAUAAAUCGUGGUGGCUAUAAUCGAUCAACAACCUAUGACACAUGGGCAAGCAUUGCGGAAACUCUCGGUUUCAGCAAUUGCUCAAAUUUAACUGUGGCUUUGAGACAAGUUUAUGCGCGGUAUUUAGCCCAUUAUGAAAGCGUGACAAUUUCUCUGGAUGACGAGGAUUAUCAUGACUACGACGAUUUGCAUGGGGAGGCAGUUAGUAAUUUCGCUCGACGAAAAACGCUACCAACGAUAACGGUAUGCAACAUUCCAGUCCAAAUGACUUAUACUUCGGAGUUAUCUGCAAAACAACCUAGAUCAGGAUCUAGAUCUACCAGUCUAUCUUCCAGCAAUUACUACCUGGACAAAAUGUUUCUGUCAUUAGUUUCUGGUCUCCCAAAUGAACACAGAUUUGUCCUUGAUGCGUGUAUGCUCAUGAGCCACGAUCCAAAUCAUGCAUCUGCUAUUUGUGAGCAUGACUAUAUGUUGAACGUAAUUCUUGCAAAUAUCGGCGUUCUGCCAAACAGCUCUACGUUUUCAGCGCUCUUUACCGACUGGUUUUCCAAAGUAACCCCAGAAGCAAAUUUUACCUUAUUCUGGAUGAACUCGGUGAGUGACCCUUUGGCUCAAAAGUUUAUGAUGAAUCUGGAAAUCUUCCAGGAAGCUAUUAUCAAUCAACCGUCUAUCCAUUCAAUGAUUCAUUGUAAGACCUUAUCAAAGUGCGAUUCAAGUGGCAAAGCACACAAAAGAGCUAGUAUUGUUUUAUACUUCAUUAGGCAUCUUUCAUUUGAUGCUAAAAACCAGCAGAAACUAACUCAAAACGAAGCUGUUCAGCAGUUUCUUCUCUUUUGUAUCGGAAGUAAAUACGCCAACUUGAAAGUCUUAGCUCUAGAUACCAUUGUGAACCUUUCUCCAGCGCUUAGUCUGUCAAACGAUUGCCUUUUCAAUAUAACCAUGCAAAUUGUCCUUGAACUUCUGAACUCAGUUGAUAGCGUUGACCGAAUCAGAUGCAUGGAAAUUCUAACGGGUCUGUGCCAAAAUGCUGCAAGUGUCAACUCAGUUAUUAUGAAAUUAGAACUUAGUGUCUUCGAGAAAAUAAUAGCAAUGCUAACAGUUCAAGACUUACUUGUUUUGUUAAGCUGCGUUGGACUUUUGUAUCAAUUGUCGUACCUCGGAACCGACAUGUGUGAUGUUCUUGUCAAAGUAAGAUACAUGAUAGACUUGCUUACCUCUCUGGUAACAUUUGACGUGCAAUCAAUGGGACUUGAAGCGCUGACAUCUGUUAAGGUCAUCGAGCAGCCAAAGUCAUUAUUAGCUCGAGGUCAGCCAUCAACUCAGUCAGCGACUGAACAACAACAAGGCAUGGAGUUAGAACGGUUAGCAGUUAAAUGGGCUCUAACUAACUAUGAGUUCAGCAAUGAAGAAAACAACGGGAUUCUCUCGAAUGACGUGUUGUCGCAUUUCAAAAAGUACUGCGCGAUGGUUCAUUUUCGGAUCCAGAGCGAACUCUCAAUGAGUCAGUUCAAUCGAUGUCUUAAAAUUGCGUUUCCAGCUACUCAACCAAAGUUGGUGUCCUCGAGCGAUGGAUCGAUGUACUUCGCUGGUCUCCGCAGAAAACAACACCCUUCUGAGAGGUAUAAAGCGGCGGGACCUCCGAAUGGAAUGAAUCAGUUUCCCCAUCUCAGACCAUCGAACGGAACCAAAUCUAAGCCAGAUCAGUCGAAUAUUGUAAAUAACGGAAAAGGUGUACUCAUCAAACCUCGAGCAGAAAUUCAAAACCAUCAAACUGCGAACGUUUACCAGAGUUCAACUGAAGCAGCAUCUUCGAAGCAAGUUUCGGAUUCGAUUAAGUUCGAACCACAUAAUGGCAAUGUAGCUUCAAGUUCAAGUGCGCAAGUACAGGUGCCAAAGUCGAAAGAACAUCCAGUUUUGCAAAAUCAGAACAUGGUGUCUGCAAACCAUGUUGUAAUCCCCCGACAACUUUGCCAAUCGCCGAGCUCAAAAGCUGUCGUUACUGGACAAAACCAAAACCAGCAAAUUUUAGUUCAAGUUGUGAUGCCAGGUAGCAAUACUGAAAGCGCGUUCAAGAAACAAAACCCGGGGAAAACUAUCAUACAGGCAAAUAAUGGACCGAUUACUAUCUCGUCUGACGGUAGAAGCAACGCUGCGUCGCCUAAAAAUGCUGCACCAACUUUUGUGCUGAGCUCUGUUGCAAAUAAUCAAGUUUAUCUGUCCCCGGUAACUUCCAGACAAACGGCUGUUAGUCAGUCCAAUAAUUUGGUACCGGGGUCGUUAGUGAAAGGCCAUUCAAAUGUUGUCAAUGCCAAUCAAAUGAUGGUCACGGCCCAAUCCGGGACAACGGCUUUUAUUGUAAACCAAGCGAUUGCAGCUAACAACAACAACACCUCAGCUCAAGUUGCUAUCAAUAAAGCGAAAACCGUGAACAUACCCAACCAGCAAACACAAGUGAUACUUACAUCAAAUAACCUGACAACCAACCCAAGCGCAGUUCACAAUAUAGAGAAGGUUAAUGGAAAUUUAAACCAAGUUGGUGUUGUUCCUAAUUUGGUGGCCAAAUCGAAGCCUGUUACGAAUAAUGUAGCUCCGCAUCUCAUUUCGACAAACCAAGCGACAGCUAAAGCAGCAGAAAGUGCUAUUCAACCGACAAUUGCUCUUGUCAAUGGAAAUUAUGCAACCAAAAUAAACGGAGAAGCUGAGCCAAUGGAAAUAGUAAAUGCCCAUUCUGUUCAAGCAAACUCGACAGCCGUGCAUGCAAUUAACGGAGCCAUAGGACAAAAUCGAUCAAAUAAUGCCUCUCCUACAGUUUUGAGUUUUACGCCAGUACUGAAACAGGUUUCAACGGGUGGGGGAGGAAUCUUGGCCAGUAGUAACCCCUCAACGUCGCAAAUAGCAUAUCAGAACCAAAACCACCUUGCGACGAGCUUAAAUGCGAGUAACUCAGUCGCUGCUAACAACCGUUGCGAAGUGAAUGGCGUAGUUUAUAAGUUAGUUAACGACAUGGCUGCGAUUGGCAAUAACUCAAGCCACGGUGAAGGUCAACAGAAAGUGGUAUAUGUCACUCCCAAAGCAGGCAAUGAAAACCCAACCGCCCGAUUGAUUUCUCAGCCUCAAAUUGUUAUCAACGGGGAUGCAGGAGAUCACCUUUCAGAAGUGAAAAAUAUAGUCGCAGCUACUUUUAAUACAGAUGUCAGCAAAACUCAAAUUGUAGGACAAGCUAUUAACAGCAUACCAGCAAUAAGUAGCAUCAACGGAGAUUCAACUCUUAAUCGCAAGAGAAAAAACUCUGUGGAUAUCCAGUACGGAAUGCAGAACCAGGUACUGAUAACGUCAGCAACUCCUGGAGAUGAACCUUCUUUGGGAGUGUUCAGAAAGAUCAAAAUAGGCGAAACUGUAAAUAAUCCGCAAGUUAGUAAAGCUAUCACAACCGCUCAACCCCAAACCAUUGCUACUGCAGGAUCAGUCGCUAAAAAGGAGCCCGUUAGCAGCUCAUCGUUUUCAAACAUACCUUCACUGCAUGCAGCUGUAAAUUCGGUCAUUGCGGCAUCAGCAGACGGAUCGCUCCUAGGAGCUGCAGCUAACCAAUUAUCAGUAUCUUCAUCGGACCCAGGAGUUGCCAGGAUAUUAGUGCAACCCGUUAAUUCACCCUCAAGCAACGUCAAUGGAAACCAGGGACCUAACGCUGGAUUCCAAAAACGAGGACUAGUCUCAACAACUCUACCUUCCAGUCAUGCCCAGGCCCAUCCGGGUGAGAUAAAGGAUUCAGCUGUUAAUGGAUUCCAUGGAAACCGGAGUUCUGACAACUCCAACUUAAACCCGAGCCAAAACAACCCCUUGAAACCGGGUACCCACAACCCAACUAGCAAUUCCAACUCAUCAAGUACUUCCCCAAACGAGGCUUCGCCCAUACCGCCGAAAGAACCUCGACUUGAACCAGGUGUGAACAUUCAUAAUUCGAACGCGCCAUUCCGAUGUGACUGGUACAACUGCAGUUCCCGGUUCGAAAAGUGGCAAGCAGUUUUACAUCAUUGUUGCCGAGUGCAUUGCGCUGAAGUAGGACCGGAAGGAGCGAUUUGCCAGUGGAGUUCUUGCGACGGCCUAAGAAGAAAAAAACUGUCGUUGUUCACUCACCUUUCCGAGAAGCAUUGCACCGAAACGCUUCUGAAAAACGCUGCUAGUAGGGAUCCGAAUCGAGAUCUAAGUGGUCCCACAGCUGCUUCGGCACAUGCAGAGUCUCUCUACAGUACACAUACAUUACACCACGCCUUGCAAAGAAGUGGAUGGAUGCCUCCGAACAAAGACCAAACCCUCUCAGUUCUGGAAAAAGAAGGACCGGUGAGCAAAGCAGUGCGACUAAAUGCGGCCCUGGUUCUCAGAAAUUUAGCCCAACAUUCUUCAGAAGCGAGAGGGUUGAUCAGACUUCAUGAGCGAAAACUUAAUUUAGCAGCAUCCAGUUGUAUCGAGGCUGCCCCGUUUUUAGCUAAUUGUUUGUUAAAUUUGUGCAAUUUAGACUCAAACUAAACGUUUGUUGGUGAUUAAUACUUUGUCUUUUCUGAACUCGUUCGAAGUUCCUUUGUUGAAUACAGUAGUAUAUUAUUUUCCUAGUUCAAAGUCGCACUUAAUUGAAAGUUUACAGUGGGUUAUAAUGCUGAUCAGAGAAUUUGUGCCGUGGAGUUGUGGAAUCUUUUUUGUUGUUCUUCUAGUAUUUCAUGAAUCCUUGUAAGACUUGAAGCGUUUUUGUAAAUCCUUUUGUCUUUUUCUUUUAAAGUAGAUUAUCCUUCAUUUAAUUAACUAAAUAAAUACAUUGUUAUUCUAUCG